AUGAUCACAAGACCUGCGACGAGGCCGCAGUCGCUGCUGCGCGCCUUCGUCAAGCAAACGCAACCCAAACACGCCUCCCCCUCCUUCACCUUAACGCCCUUCCAACGACGAUGUAAACACGGCGUACCGAUAUGGCCGAACCAGGCCCGACAGGAACUAUUCGCCCGGCACGGCGUCCCCGGCUUCCUCAGCGCUGAAACCUACCAAGAAACAUACGUCCAGUACAGCCAACACCUGGCCGACCAGCUCAACGAGCUCACGCUCGGCACCGUCGACGAAGACACAGGCACACACGCACUGCACGUCAAGUAUGCGCACCGGUCGGACAAAGCGUAUCUGUACAACAUCUCCGCCAUGCUCACAUUCACACGCUUCUUCUGGGAGGAGUGCCUUACCGAGACGGAGGAUCCGGCGGCGCGCAAACCGGGGCUGCUGACCAUGAAGAGCAUCGAGCACACGUUUGGCAACGUGGAGACGCUGAGAGAGGAGAUGCUCGAGACCGCCGACGCCAUGUUUGGAAACGGCUUCGUGUGGUUGAUGAAGGGCGAGUCCGGCCAGGAUCUGAAGAUCCUGCGGACAUACAACGCCGGCAGUCCAUACCCGGACGCCGCUCCACGCCGCGACGACACCGACAUGGCGACAUUCGGGCCCGGCUCGUCAAUAUCAGAUCAACUAUCCGGCCGCUCGGGCCUGGGGUUCUCCGGCCCCGAAGAACGCGACAUCGCCGUCGGCAGCUCCACGGCCGGUUCCUUCGGCGACUUCAGCCCCAACAGGAACAGAUACCACGCGGGCCUGCUGCUCAUGCAACCCAUCCUCUGCGUCAACGUGUGGGAGCACCAAUGGAUGAGGGACUACGGCCUGCUGGGCAAGAGACAGUAUUUGACGGCGUGGUGGGACCGGAUUGAUUGGCAAAAGGUCGAGAACGCUCAUAACCUGAUCACGACGGAGAAUCUGUCGUCCUGGCAGAGAAAGCAGCCCGCCUACUCGGCACAUCGGUACGAGAGCGCCAUGGACAUCUUCCCCAGAUAG